UCGUGGUCAAUAUGAUCCCGCUGCUUUGUUUAAUAUCGCUGGGACUGUCUUUGAUACAUGGAAACGAUGAAUUUGCCUAUCAACAGUAUAUUGGCUGUACCUUCAAUCACCAUGGCCACGUUGGGCGCUUCUGGCGUUAUGGAUUCAACAAAAAAGACAUCAUGCAUGUGGACCUGGAGAAUAAAGCAGUAGUGUCAACUAGUGAUGUGGGGAAUUUUAUGGCUGAUGAAAGAAACAGUGACAAGUACUUUGAAUAUAAAGAAUAACGCCUGGAUAUGAUAUGUUCUGCCGUGAAGACGGUGUUCUGGCAAUCUAAUAACUCACUCUCCAGACCAGCUAAACCCACUGUAAACUUGUCCAUGAAAGAGCAAGAUGGACAGCAGUACCUGGAAUGUUCAGUUCAAGAUUUCUACCCCAUUGCAAUAAGAGUGAAUUGGGUAUACAGAGGGAAGACUGUGUAUAUUGGAACCACAAAGACUGGUCUUCUGCCUCACAAAGAUGGAACAUUCCAGAUGACCAGUUAUCUCCUUCUGGGUAACAAAACACUUCAAGAUAUCGUCUGUGAAACAGAACAUGUCAGCAUUGAUGGGAAAUUACAGACCACAUUUGAGCAUGAGUCUUCAAAUCUGGGACCCAUAAUAGGAAUAGCCUUGUCAUCAUUUUUUCCAUCAUGCCUGGCACCACUGAUAGUUACAGGUCUUAUUCUCUUGUUGAGAAAGAGGGGUCCACCAAGCUCAGUCAAUGAGUCCCUGAACCAGUCUUCUGAUGGUGAUUCCCCUACAGUUGUGCGUUUACUGGACCUCACAGCAGAAAAUGUGCUGCCAGAGCCACACCCAAACUCAUGAAGACAAAACUUGUUGCGUUUUAGACCCUCUAGUGGCUGUUCUGGAAAUUGUUUGAGCUGAAAGAGGGACAUUAUGAAUACACAACCUACAUUUAAUAAAAAAAUAUAAUUGAACAGUAAUAUUGGUCAGACAUCUCAUCUAUAAAAGUGCAGGCCUAAAUGGAGACAUAUGUCAACAUUUUUAGGAUGUCACAAGAAAUACAUUCAACUAAUUCUUAAAAUCAGAAACAAUAUUAAGAAAUCGCAAUAAUUUUUGUUCAGUUUACUUAAGUAGCAAAACUAUUGUCUGACAUUGCUCUUGUGAAUUCCUUCCACUUCGGUCUUUUGUAUCCUUCUCUAUUUUUUUUAUUAUUGAGCGAAAUGUAAUUCCAGUACAAAGAAACCUUUCAAUUUUGACAAAGGUCAAUGCGUCUUCAAGGGAAACAAAUCUUUUGGGGCAUCAACAUGUUAUUUUGGACUAUAUACAAACAUGACAGCAGACAAAAUGGAAAAGAAGUUUUAAGAAAGGUGCACUGUGUAGGAUGGUGGCCAGAGUAGGUAUUGCAAUGUUGUCUCAUUGAACUGUGCUGUCUACUGCCAAUUUGAUCUUUUCAGGAAUGUUUACAAAAUAAUAAACUAAUAAUAAUAAACUAAUGUCCAUUUCUGGAAAUUCAAAAUGGCAGACAAUGGAGAAGUUUCCCAUUCAUAAUGAAAAUUAGAAUUUGAUGAAGGUAACAUUUGUGAAUGGCCAGCAUGAAUUGUGGGAAUAAACUCAAAAAUAUUACACAGUGCACUUUUGUGAAUAGAAUUAUUUCAGAUGUUAAGCCGUUUUUUCACUGUCGUAAGACUA